UUCCUUUUUGUAUUUUCUCGAGAAAUUUCUCUCUCCUAACACCCAUUCUCCGCUCCUCUCUCUCGCUCUCUCAACGGCUUUAAUUUGAAAUUCUUGGACGCCCAGUUCGUGUAUCCUUUGAUUCCUUUUAUUUUAGUAAUUAAGCUAAACCGUACAAUCAAUACUUCCAAUCCGGCCACCCACCAAAUCUCUGUCUUUGUGCGUGUGCGCUAUCUGCAAUGGGUCUUGGUUCGAUCUGAGCUUCUAGAUUUAUUCCUAGACUAAGCCGCCCUACUACUGGAAUGGCAUCUGGGAAUCCAUUUUUUGAUGAUAUGCGGAGCAAACCUGAGGUUAUCGAUCCUCCUCAAAGCGAAGACAUGAUGGAUGCCGGUGAGAAUGUGAAUGACCCUGCUUCAAAUGCUCUAAAACCUACUGUGACUGUUUCUAGCAGUGUACGUGAGCUGUUGGAGUGCCCUGUGUGCUUAAAUGCCAUGUACCCUCCUAUUCAUCAAUGUUCAAAUGGUCAUACAUUGUGUUCUGGUUGCAAGCCCAGAGUGCACAACCGGUGCCCUACUUGUAGGCAUGAACUUGGCAAUAUAAGAUGUCUUGCAUUGGAGAAGGUUGCCGCUUCUUUGGAACUUCCAUGUAAAUAUCAGAGUUUUGGGUGCAUGGGCAUCUACCCAUAUUACAGCAAACUUAAACAUGAAUCUCAAUGCACCUAUAGACCCUACAAUUGUCCCUAUGCUGGAUCAGAAUGCACUGUCAUUGGUGACAUUCCUUCUUUGGUAGCCCACUUGAAAGAUGAUCACAAAGUUGACAUGCACAGUGGCAGCACUUUCAACCAUCGCUACGUCAAAUCAAAUCCACAAGAAGUUGAAAAUGCCACAUGGAUGCUGACGGUCUUCAGUUGCUAUGGCCAGUACUUUUGUCUGCAUUUUGAAGCUUUCCAGCUCGGGAUGGCUCCAGUCUACAUAGCAUUCUUGCGAUUUAUGGGUGAUGAUAAUGAGGCGAAGAGCUACAGCUACAGCUUAGAGGUUGGUGGAAAUGGAAGGAAGAUGAUUUGGCAGGGUGUACCUAGAAGCAUUAGAGACAGCCAUAGGAAGGUUCGCGACAGUUUUGAUGGUCUCAUAAUCCAACGGAACAUGGCUCUCUUCUUCUCCGGAGUAGACAGGAAGGAAUUGAAGCUUAGGGUAACUGGUAGGAUUUGGAAAGAGCAGUGAUCAUCUCCUUUCCCUUACAUCAUCUAUCUUACCCCUUAGUAGUAAGUCGGUCAGUGCGUUACUAACGCCGUGUGUCUCCUGGUCAUGUAUUUUUUUGUCUCCGGAAUUUAGGAGGCAAACUCUCUUUGCUUGUCCAUUGCAUUAAAUACAUGAGUGGGAAGGCACACCUAUUAUCUAUAA